AGUGAUUAGGGACACGCUGUGGAUUUACAACUUUGUUGUUUCGAAUGGGUUAACGUUAAAUAUUACUUCUAAAUAAUACUUAGAUUGAAAGAAGACUUUGGUUGUUUCAAAGUACCACACUUGUAAUUGUCGGUAACUACUACGCCGACAACAUUUAGCUUUUAACCCAGUAAGCUAACAGAUCAGCAGCAGGGUGAAAUGGCCGCUGCGGAGAGCGGAGCUGGGUUCAACCAGAAACGAAACUCACAAGAUUCACAGCAGCCAUCUCCUUUGGCCUUGUUAGCUGCAACAUGCAGUAGACUUGACAACCCUGGUGAAAAUGAUUCUGCUGAUGAACAGCAAAACCAACAGCAACAACUUGAUAUGAAUGCAGAUGUUUUUACGUCCAACGCUAACGGUUGGCAAGUUAUUCCUCUGAGUGUUCAGGCCUCUUCAGGUUCCAACACUGUUACCACUGACUCUGUGGUUGGAGAUUCGGGCAAGAGCAGGCAGGGUCUCUCCUCCUCAAUCGCUGUUAGCACUCAGGCACAGCCAGCUCAGCAGCAACAGUAUGUGGUGGCACAGGCUCCAUCAGUGCAGGGUCAGCAGAUCCUCACCACAUUAUCAGGGGUUAUGCCUAACAUUCAGUACCAGGUAAUUCCACAAUUUCAGACUGUAGAUGGCCAGCCACUGCAGUUCACACAGGCUCAGCAGGAUCCUGCUGUAUCUGCAGCCACUGCAGGAGCACCACAGUUUCAGAUUGUGUCGUCUCCUAAUGGACAACAGAUUAUAGCUGCAACCAACAGAGCUGGAGGAGCUGGGAACAUCAUAACAAUGCCCAGCCUGAUUCAGGGAGCUAUCCCAAUACAAAACAUUAGCUUGGGCAACAGUGUUUUACAAAAUCAAGCUCAAUUCUUGGCAAAUAUGCCAGUGUCCUUGAAUGGAAACAUUACCAUCUUGCCUGUUAGUGCUGGGACAACUGGGGGUGGGGAUGUCAAUAGUGGAGGAGAUGCAGAGGGAAAUCAACUUAUGCAGCAACAGACACAACAGUCUGUAUCUAACAGCAGUGCAUUUAUGACCAGUGCCUCCACAGCUACUACACAAACCACCUCUGCUUUUGGAAUAACACAGAACACCAAUGCAUUUCAGCAGAAUGCAGCUUCUCUUGGUGUGGCCAUUCAGACCGAAAAUAGAGAAGGACAGCAACCUCAACAGAUUGUAAUUCAGCCCCAGCAGGUUAUCCAAGGUGCAACAUCUCUUCAGACCAUCCAAGCUAGUGCAGUACCCAAUGCAACUAACCCGGUGUUUGCUACACCCACACUUACCCAGGAAGGACUUCAAAACCUUCAAAUUAUGCCAAACACAGGCCCCAUCCUGCUACGCACUGUUGGCCCUAACGGGCAGGUGAGCUGGCAGACCAUUCAAAUUCAAAGUCCUACAGGAGCACAGAUCACAUUGGCUCCAGUGCAGUCCAUCCCCCAGCUGGGCCAGACCCAGGCAUCUGCUUCAACGGCAGCCGGAGUAUCGGUAAAUGCAGUCCAAAUCCCAGGCAUUCAAACCAUAAAUCUCAACUCACUUGGAAACUCGGGGCUGCAGAUGCACCAACUACAAAGUCUCCCUCUCACCAUUGCAAGUCAGCCAGGUGAGCAGUCAUUGCACCCAAGUGGAGAUGUUCUGAAUGACAGCACUGUUGUGGAUGAAGUAGAUUCUCCACCACAAGGCCGACGCAACAGAAGAGAAGCUUGUACCUGCCCUUUUUGCAAAGAUGGAGACAGCCGGGACCCAUCUAAAAAGAAGCAACAUAUUUGUCACAUUGUGGGGUGUGGCAAGAUCUAUGGCAAGACCUCUCACUUAAGAGCUCACCUCCGCUGGCACACGGGAGAGCGGCCUUUUGCCUGCAGCUGGUCAUUCUGUGGCAAACGCUUCACGCGCUCCGAUGAGCUUCAGCGUCACAGAAGAACACACACAGGUGAAAAAAGGUUUGCUUGCCCAGAGUGUCCAAAACGCUUCAUGCGUAGUGACCACUUGUCAAAGCACAUCAAGACCCACUUAAAUAAGAAAAUUCCCUCUAGCAGCUCGGCAGUCUCUGAGUCUACAGAUGCAGCGUCUCCUGCAGCAGGUUCUGAGGCGGGCUCUGGAGCUGUGACAGCAGGGGACCACACUAUCGUCACCAUGGAGACUCUGUCCGCUGAGAGCAUAGCGCGAUUAGCCAGCAAUGGCAUCAAUAUGAUUAAUCUGCACCAGCUUAAUGGAAACAGCUACUGAGACUGUUAAGACAAAAGUUGGACAUAAGGGUGAAUCCUUGGAAAUGUCAAAUCUUGACAGCAAUGCAACACUGACAUUCAUUUUAUGGACACUGCUUUUGACUGUGGUUUCUCAGUCUUUUAAAUCUAUAGCAUCCAUUUAGGCAAGUGAGCCAGAAACAAAUCAGUUUGCCAUGUAAUCUUCAGUGGGCAUGUGCUCUGCAUGAAGAUUAUACAUGGAAUUGGACAAACUGGCUAAUUUAUACAAAAACCUGUCUCCACAAACAUUACACAGUAAUUCAUGCUCGCUUUAAAAGAAUUGCAUCUUUCCCAAGAGGUUUUUCAUGCUUAAACUGUAAUUUAAAUGUGACAUAUUGGACUGAACACACAGUAGGGGCUGAAAUUUAUCUUUCAUAUUAAAUCAGGAAACAAAAUUAACGUCUCAACUAAAUCAAGACCACAAUGUGUUGUGUUGCAUUCGGGUAACUCAAGUGAACUUUUUUGUAGGUACCAUCUUAAGCCAUCUUACUUUCCUAUGUUUCUGAUAGCCCAGCUAUUUAGAUUUUUGUAUAUUUUUUGCUCAUGUAAAAAUGCUAUCUUAGGCAUGGUCAUUUUACAGAAAAUAUUACAUAUGAUUUGCCUUUGUUGAAUGAAUUUAACUGCACAAUCA